CUCCGCGGCCGCGCCGGGGAUGCGGCAGCCGCCGGGCACCGCCGGGCCCCGGAGCCCAUGGGAUGCGCCCGCCGUCGCCUGGCUGGUGUAGGAUUUUGGCAGAGCUGGCCAUGAUGUUAUGGUUCCUGGUGGGGGCCCUGUUCCCGGCGCUGCUCCUGGCCGCUCCACCGCCCAUAAACAAGCUCGCCCUCUUCCCGGACAAGAGUGCGUGGUGCGAGGCCAAGAACAUCACCCAGAUCGUGGGGCACAGCGGCUGCGAGUCCAAAUCCAUCCAGAACAGGGCCUGUCUGGGACAGUGCUUCAGCUACAGCGUCCCCAACACCUUCCCUCAGUCCACAGAGUCCCUGGUGCACUGCGACUCCUGCAUGCCAGCCCAGUCCAUGUGGGAAAUCGUGACGCUGGACUGCCCGGGCAACGAGGAGAUCCCCAGGGUGGACAAGCUGGUGGAGAAGAUCCUGCGCUGCAGCUGCCAGGCCUGCGGGAAGGAGCCGAGCCACGAGGGAGCCCUGUUCAACGUGUACCUGAACGCCGAGGAGAACGCGCCCCACGAGGGGCCCGCGCCCCACCGCUACCCGCAGCAGCAGCAGGAGCUGGAGGAGCCGCCGGCCUCCAGCCACCACCACCACCACCACCACCACGAGGAGGAGGGCGAGGAGUGAGCCGGGCCCCAGGACUGUCCCGGGAUUUGGGGAGGGAGGGAGCGGGGGUGCUGGAGCCUUUUCCUGUCGAUUCCUGUCCUGAGGCCGGAGCUGCGGGCUGGGACGCCAGGGCUCGGCCUUUCCCGAUGCAGAAACUACUUGCACAUGAUAAUGCUAAUAUAUUGAGAGGGGUGGGCCGGGCUCCCGGGGCUCUCUGCGGGUUCCCAGGGGGAGCCCCCUGAGUCCUGCUGGGUUUUGCUCAGGCCCAGCGUGGAGGAGGAAGGGAAGCAGCUUCUCCAGAGUCCCACAGCUCUGCCUCCUCUCCCUCAGCGUGGACACGGCGCCCGCCGGGUCUCAGUCCAAGCCUUGGUACCGGGGGGCUCCUGGGGAGGGUUUUGCCCCAGGAUGUCCCUCUGGGGCUGUGCGUGAGGCGCCUGGGGACCGUGGCGGUGACAACCUUUCGCUUGCUGUCCCCAGGGCCGCCACGCUGCUCCCUGGGGACGCAUCGUGAGCGCUGGGGCUUCGCGUUUCGGGGCUGCAGGGGAAGGCCAAGAGCUGGGGUGGGGAGGUUUCACCCCCGGCCCCCCUCUCCCUGCUGCACUUCGAUGGGGGCGGAGGGAGAAGGGGGCUGAGGGCUGGAGCGUCCCUGCGCAGGGAGUGCUCGGGCAGGGCUGGAGGCGGGCACGGCCUCUGCUGCCCCUCUCUCUGUUGUAUAAAUCUGAUCCCUUGGUGUUGUCCUGACAAGAGCUUCCAGAGCUUGUAAUCGAUGCCUUCCCCCUCCUUUUGACAAGUUUUUUCGGGUUUGUUUUUGGUUUUGUUUUUGAUUUAUUUUUUUUUUUUCCCUUAAAUAAAUUAGUUCUGACUUCCACUGCUCA